UGUUUUGAUAAUAAUCUUCACUUAAUACACAACACACGUGCCAAUUUUCACUUUGCCUUGUUUCUUCCCUCAUUGCUUAAACCACAGGGAAAAAAAACAAAACCUGAGAAUCAAAAUAAAAUACCCACGAAUUGAAAAUUUCGAAUCCCUAAUUGAAACCCUAUUUUUCCAUCUUUGUCUUCGAAUUUGUGUAGGAGGUUAUCGUUUCCCUCUUUUUGUGAUAUAUAUAUAUAUAUAUCGAUCUCUAUAGCUGCUGAAGAGAGAGAUGGAUUGGGAUAUCGUCGCUGCUGAGGAUGUGAUUGAGGCGCUAAGAGAGGUUGAAUGGUCGACGAGUCCUCGUUCCUUGGCUGAGUUCUUCUCCAGAUUCGCUUUUCCUCGAUCUUUCUCUAAAUGGAUGAGCCGUCUCAAAUGCAAUCUCUACUACUAUAGGACGAAUUACUUCAUCCUGUUGAUUUUCGUUCUGGGUCUUGCACUUAUCACGCGACCUUUGGCCAUUCUUGGUGCUGCUCUUACAGCCUUAAGCUUAGCUUUCCUAAACGACAGUUUUGCAGCUACUUUUAAUGAGAAGAUGAUCCGGACCAUUAGGCAUUUCUCGCCACAUUUAGCUGCAAAGAUGAGGCCUCCUCACAUGCCUGUCAUCCGCGGGAGAUCUGCAACUAGAAAGACAGUCUACGUUUGUGGCCAACCUCGUUUGGUAUUUGUCUUGAUUGGCUUAACCGCCAGUUUUGUCCUGUGGUUUACUUCCUGCGGUUUGUUAUGGGUCCUCUAUGCAUUUACAACUGCCCUUCUCAUGAUCCUUCUUCACGCAACCCUGAGAACUCCAAACCUCAAGGCACGCUUGAACACCUUCCGUGAAGAAUUCCGGGCUGUCUGGCGCAACUACAGUGAACUUUAAAGUCAGCAGGAAGCAUUGAUUCGAUCUUGAAGCAAAAAAAACAAACCGGGACAUAACGGUUUCAACUAAGGACAUGAGACUCCAAUUCCUCCCAUCACGUGCACAAACAAUCGCAGUUAUUAUUGUCUUUCUAGUAGUAAGCUAGUUAUUAUAAGGCCACUUGUCUGAUUACAGAUACGGCUCUUUGUUCUAGUUAGUUGAAUAGAGAAAUACAAGGUUAAAAUCGCAGACAGAAAUAUAGUGUUUUGUUCUUUAAGGUUCCUUGUAAUGCUGCUCAACCACUAUGGUCUAUUGUAGUGAGAUUACUCUUUUAGUCUUUUACAGUGUGGUAAACUGGUAAUGAUUCAGCUUAUGCAAUA